UUAGAUUUUAUGUUUUUUAUAUGAUAAACGUCUUAAUUUAACUAUAUAAAUAUGAAGUUAUCAUUCAUUGCUUAUGCCAACACCUCCAGAGACACUUAUAUUCGGAACAUGGAGUCACAUAUUUCUUUCUUGGCUCUUUUUUUUCUCGUCAUGAUCACGUUCACUGUCUAUGCUAGGCCAAAUCCUGAAGAAUAUCAGCAAGACAUGCAUGUUCGAGGAGGUUCUUUGGUGUCACCCGAUGCCACAAAGAGAAGCGACUGCCACCAAAGAAAGUCCUCCAAUGAGGACUUGGAACCAAGGCCUGAUAUCUUGAUUUAUGAUAACAGUGUUGGUUUAAAAAGUAAGAAGACAUUUGUUGAAGAUUUUGAGCCAAUACCAAACCUUUCGGUUUAUGAAAACGGUUCAAGUGUAAAAGGUAAGGUGUUUGAUAAAGAGUUUGAACCGAGACCAAAUGCAUCGGUUUACGUUGACGGUGCAAGUAUUAAAGGUAAAAGGACAUUUGACGAAGAGUUUGAGCCGAGACCAAGUGUUACAGCAUACCAAGGUUAAGGGUUUAUGGUGAAGAUAAGGUUUAUCACGAAUGUUUAGUAAUAUAAUAAGAAGUGUGUGAUAUAUUUGAAGCAAAAAUAAAUCAAGGCUUAAUGUCUUGGAAUCAUGUUUUGGAGUUUCGAGAUGGAUGAUAUUAUGUAAAUUAUAUGUAUAUUUUGUUGGUUUGUAUGGAUCUUAUUAUGCAAAUAUUCUUAUACCUA